CUGGCAGAGGCGAGGGAGGAGCAGCGAGAGGAGUCUGACCUUCGUACAUUUCCUCGUCUCUUUUGCUUUUAGCUCUUGUAGUUUCGCCGAAAUUUGAUCUUUGAAUUGAUGUGACCAAGCUAUGCGACUUAAGGACGGAGACAUGGAUGAGCAUUUGCGUCAACCAUAUGAGGGGCAGCUAAUCAAGUUUACAAAUGUCGUAAAAGGAUGGCAAGCUCGCUGGUUUAUUCUGAAUCCUGAGAUUGGCACUUUAGAGUAUUAUCUGAGUGAAAGUGAUAAGCAUGAACGCGCGAGAGGAAGCAUCCAGUUGGCAGGUGCUGUCAUCUCUCCCAGUGAUGAGGACUCUUACACAUUCACUGUAUCCCCAGCUGCAGGGGAAUCCUACAAACUCAGAGCUACUGAUACUAAAGACCGUCAGAUGUGGCUCAAUAGGCUGAGAGUCGUUGCUGAAAUGCACACCCGUGCUAUUGCCCAUAAUCACCCUCCAUUGGCACCUCGUGAGCAUCGAACACCAGGCAGUGGAAGCACUGGUAGUGGACAGAACGUGACUGCAACACCUUAUAUGGGUCUUGCAGUGCUAGAUGCUUUCACACAGGUAGCUGAAGUAUUAGAAGAAGCACGAAGACAACAUUCUGCUCUUGCUACUGCAAUUGAAGACAUGCCAUCUUAUGGUAGGUUAUUGCGGUGCACAGAACCAAAUCUCCUUCUCUUGAAAGCCACAAGUCAAGCAACACUUCUGUGCUUAGACCAGUGUUUGAGUGUGUUGAGGGCACAGCAUAUGUCUGCCAUUCAUCACCAGCCAUCACCUUCUGUUACCAGCACAAACACACGCCUAGGGUCACCUUCAUUGCGAUCAUCAUCUCCUUCUUUGAGGAUCCGCACAGCACCACAUUCUCCAACACCAGGAACAACCCAGGGACUUAGUGGAACUCCUCCAAGUAGCAGUGCUGUCCAGCCAUCAGUUCCUUCCUCUCCAGCACCUGUUGUAGCUAGCCAUUGUUUACCUGAUGCAGCAGGGACAAGUUCCAAGUCAUCAUCACUUGCAUCUGAGACUCCAGUUUCUACUCCAACUCCACCACCACAUUCCUCACGCAUUGGUGUAAGUGGGUAUGACUCUGAAGUCAGUGAUGAUGAUGAAGCAGGUGGCGAUGGUGACCUUGGCGAAGUUGGUGAUGGACAAAGGUCUGUCAUCAUGCACAUCAUAUCUCAACUGCGACUUGGAAUGGACCUCACACGUGUCACAUUACCAACAUUUAUUUUGGAGCGUCGUUCCCUGCUGGAAAUGUUUGCAGACUUUUUGGGACAUCCUGACUAUUUUGCCAAAAUUGCUGAUGCAACAACACCAGAAGAUCGCAUGCAGGCAGUGGUUAAAUGGUAUUUAACAAGCAUUCAUGUUGGACGAAAUGGAUCUGUUGCUAAGAAGCCUUACAAUCCUAUUAUUGGGGAGACAUUCCAUUGUAACUGGCGAAUUCCAAGGGAUUCCAUCCAUGGGGAAGAGACAGGGGAGACUGGGAAUGGGAAAGCUACUGAUGGAAAGAAGACCCCCUAUGUCAACAUCAAAUAUGCAGCUGAGCAAGUGUCUCAUCAUCCACCAGUAUCCGCUUUCUUUUUUGAGUGUCCAGAGAAGCAGCUGAGUAUAAAUGCUCAUAUCUGGACGAAGUCGAAGUUUAUGGGUAUGUCUGUUGGAGUUAAUCUGAUUGGAGACAUUACCCUCAUCAUAGGCAAUGUCCGUGAAAGCUAUAGUCUUGCCAUGCCAUCUGCAUAUGCUAGAAGCAUACUGACUGAUCCUUGGGUUGAACUUGGAGGCCGAGUAAACAUUUCUUCUCCUGAGACAGGCUGUCAGGCUGCUAUUGUCUUCCAUACUAAACCAUUUUAUGGAGGACGUCUUCACCGGGUGACGGCCGAAGUGAAAAAUGCUGCUGGAACAACUCUGACAAAAGUGCAGGGAGAAUGGGACUCACAGUUGGAAUUCACUUAUGCUAAUGGAUCUCAGGAGGUUGUGGAUGUUAAUGAAAUACCAAUUGUUUGUCACAAACGCCUAAAACCCUUGGCGCAGCAAUCUCCAAUGGAAUCUCGGCGUCUGUGGCAUGAUGUAAGUGUAGCACUUGCUCGAGGGGACGUAGAAACAGCCACAAGCCACAAGAGAGCCUUGGAAGAACAGCAACGGAAGGAAGAACGAGAACGUGCUGCCCAAAACCUGCCAUUCCCAACACGACUGUUCCAUUCUCCAACCCCUGAUCAUUGGGUGUUCAACCAACUUCCAGCGUAUUCGUUUACUUCCUGCCCUGCAUCAGUCCAGAUUCAGUAACAACAUGCUGUUUAUACUUGUUAUUUCUCAUUCUGUUUUUUUUUUUUUUCUUCUUUUUUUUUCUCAAUACCAUGCCAAAGAUUUUUAGAACAAGGAUGUUUAAAAUUCUUGUUGUUCUCUGAAAAAGAAUAUGGUCUAUUUUCCUAACAAAGUUGAAAAUUCUAAUUAGGAAUAGAUUUUCAUAGAUUUUCAUUGGGAUAAAUGAUUUUCUGAUUUAACACUAACAAAAUUUUGUGAACUUUAGAUAGCAGUAGUUUGAGAUGUCCAGUUACUCUUCCUAGCAUUUUUGCCUUUGCUUUUGGAAUUUCAUACUUAUUUAGAAUACAUGUGUAAAGUCUCACUCUUUUCCUCUCCGUCUCCCUCUCCCUCUCCCUCUCCCUCUCCCUCUCCCUCUCCCUCUCCCCCCUCUCCCUCUCCCUCUCC